GCGAAAGUGUCACAUCUCGCUGUUCUCGCACUUCAGCCAAAAGCAAUGAGUGAUGCAAGUAGCUCCACCACUUGGAGCUACUGCCACCAGGAUUGUUACUGGCACCAGACUUGUGCAAGAUCUGCGAGGUGGAAAGCUACUUGUGAAGAAGAUGCUUGUAUAAUUAAUUUCAUCCCUCUUUGCGAGACCUGCCAAGCCGUUUGUCCUGAAUGUCAUGGCCGCCUACAGUGUCAGCAAGAGUUCCCAGGCUAUUCAAACAGCUCCAAAUACACCUUCACCACCGCCGCUUGCUAUGGGGGUGGACGAAAAGGCCGCGGACGAGGGCGAGGGCAUCAAGCGAGGGUGUGGGCUUGGGAUGCUUGGUAUCGCGUGGGAUCUUUGUCUCCGACCUGGCACGCGCAUGAUUGCCAACAUCAGCCAGAGUGGCAGCGAAGCGUUGCUGAAGCAGCCAAUCGCACAAUAGGCAUAUCCAUCAAUCCUGGAGCUUGUCGCGGUUGGGUGGGGCGCAACCAGGAGAAUCUCAACCGCUUGAGGCAGUUGCCAGGCGUGGAUGCCAUCGAUACUCAUACCAACUACGCAGAUGGACAGUUUCAAGGACGCAUCCCCAAAGAGGCCUUUAUCGUGGCAACAGCAACAGAUGGGGCACUUGAACGAAUUGUUCAUGAGGUCGAGAAGGCGGAACUCCGCCAUGAGCAGGGAAGGGGGAGAGAACCACCUGGCAGGAAGACACUUCACUUGGUCCUUGCCCACCCUGUGGACCAGCUGAAAUCCUUGACCUUUGUGAAGACCAACAUGCAAAAGUGCCUUUGCACCUUCGCACCCUUUCCAUCUCGGCCAUACUUCGAGCCUUGUGCUUUGCAAAGCGGGACAAGCAAUCGCGACAGCACUGUUUCUCGCUUCCAUGGUCGCGACAGCGACCGCCGAAGGAUUCGCGUCGGAGAAGAUUGCACUUCUGUGAUGGACAUGAUCCGAGAAGUCGAUCCGGAGGAUGCGUCACGAGAAGUCUCGAAAGUGACCGUGCGGUUGGGAUGCAUCUUGUUUCAUGGAAGAGACCCACGCAAAACCCAAGGGCUACUGAGCCUGAAGGACUUUCAGGAACUGCGACCCAGCCUGGAUGUGUUGACGCAAUUUUCUCGGCACUUUCACAAGACCCAGGACGUCGCGAAGAAACUCUUCUCUGUCUUGGGAAGUGAAUGGAAGGUGCGGCAUUGGUGCCGCCAAAUGAAACUCCGCUUUUCCUUGGUCGAUCCUGAAAGUCAUCCGGAUCUUCCAAAAGAAGUUGAAUUGACCUUCGGAGCAUUCAAUCCUCAGCUUGGGCAGAAAUUGCCACCCAUCCGGAACCUUUGUGAGCAGAAGCGGCCGCUCCUGCAGAGUGACGUUCACUUUCUUUCGACGGGUUUGGGAGCGAGACUGGAACUUCGUGGAGAGGAGCUGCGAGAGGAUCUGAAGCAGAGAUUUGCUUCAGCAUGCUUCCAUGACAAGAUCUUGCAUUUCGCAGGAGAGUCAGCCAGCUACAGGCUGGAUCGCAUCAGUCGGAACCAGAAGAUCGCAAGACACGUGGCAGCCAGCUGAGAUGAUUCGAUUGGAUUCUUGGGGCAUCGACGGGGAAUACGAAGUAUAGGUUAGUUGUUUUUCUUUCCCACGCCUCUCUUCAGCAGCACAUCCAAGGAAGUGGGAACAUCCUGAUCGUUUGGACUGACGCCACGGAUUACUUCAACAACCAAACAGUGCCCUACGACGCACUGAAUCUCACAUUGCCCAUGAGUGAAUUGGAAGGAAAGCUACAGGAAAGUGAUCAGCUGGUGGAGCUUCUAAAGACCUUGGAGCACUUAGUGAAAACGCUGCAGACGAAGCUGCAAGUGAGCUGAACUCGACCCUGAGACCUUUCCAGUUCGUCAUGUCAAUUCCUAGGCAGUUUAGAGCAUUUUGUUCCACACAUUUGUGGCACAAAAGAGGGAGCUCAAAACAGUGAAUUGGAGUCUUAGCUCGACCUUGCUUCCCCGAAGAACUACC